UUCUUCCUCAGCUCUGUCCUAGUUGCUCUCCUUUUGGCGCGUUUCAGUCCUCUUGACUCCCCUAUGUGCAAAGCCAGCCCCUAGAGUGACAUGUCAGUCCUUUGCUAACUGAGGAACGUCAUGCGCAACGGUUUGUCUGCCUGCACUGUACAUACGACCGCAAUCGACGCUGGCUGCCAUAAGCCACCUUCCCUCGUCAUCGCUGCACCUAUUUGUCGCUCCACCCGCCCAUCAUUGCGUCGUUAGAAGCACUCACACCCCCUACACUGGGCUCUUGUACCGCCCUCUUCAUCUACCUAUCUCCACGACCUCUGUCCGGAGUCAUCCUCAAACCGGCUCUUCCACCUUUUGUCCUUCCCGCGGUCGAGAUGUCCACCAACCAUGAUGCCAUUCCCGAGACUCCUCGAGUGAUCUCGCCCUCUCCCACCCCGUCAGACCCGAGAUCGAGCUCGCGAGACUAUCUCGGACCUACCACGCGCUCCGCCGCGCGGCGACAACGGCUCGGUGAAGUGACAGAGGAAACCGAUGGCGACGCGGAUGCGAAUCUCAAGCGCUCACGGGCUCGUUCUCGAAGUCCUGCCAGCCCAGAGUCAGCGCGAAAACGCAAACGCAAGUCAAACCCCAGGUUACCCGCUGGUCAAGCCAAGUCACCAAGUACGAACGGUUAUACCACACCUAGCAAUGGUUACUUAUCGCCAUUAAUUAAACCCGGUGGCACUUGGCAUACCAUUUCGCGAUCUCCAUCUCCUCUCGGCUUGAUUCCUCUUCACAGCCGUUAUCGAAGCUUUAUCCACCGACAUGAAAUCCCGCGCAAGCUCCUACACGUCUCCAUCGGCUUCCUAACGCUACACUUAUACACACGGGGCAUCCAGCCGCUUCAAAUCACUCCAUGGCUCUUUGGUGCUCUGGUUCCGAUCGCUACUGUCGAUAUAAUUCGGCAUCGUUCAGAGACAGUCAAUAAGAUUUACAUUCGCUGUGUGGGUGCCCUGAUGCGUGAAACAGAGGUCUCCGGCUACAAUGGCGUUAUCUGGUACCUGCUGGGCGCCUAUGCUGUCUUGCGCUUCCUUCCCAAAGAUAUUGGCGUCAUGAGCGUGCUACUACUUAGCUGGUGUGACACUGCUGCUUCCACCUUCGGCCGUCUCUAUGGCCGACAUACCCCUCAGCUCCGCAAAGGCAAGAGCUUGGCCGGGACUUUGAGCGCCUGGCUUGUCGGUGUUAUCACUGCUGCCGCGUUUUGGGGCUUCUUCGUCCCCUAUAUUGGGACUUUCCCCAAUGAUCCCGAAGGCUCUUUCAUGUUCACCGGACGUCUCAAUCUGAUUCCGGGCCCCGUUAAGAGCCUGCUCGGGUGGACCGCAAGUACCUCCAGCGCUGUCCUGUCGGGUCCCCUAGCUCUUGGAGUCAUGAGCGUCGUUUCGGGCUUGGUGGCCGCUGGCAGCGAGUUCAUUGACUUGUUUGGCUGGGAUGAUAAUUUGACGAUCCCUGUCCUUAGCGGUGUCGGCUUGUGGGGCUUCCUGAAGGUCUUCGGUUAAGACGGCUAGAUUUGAAGUCUUCAAUGCGGUUGGCGUGAGCCCUAUUUCUCUUCCCUGUUCUAUAUGCCCUUACUGUUUUUUCUAGAGGAGAAAUGGCACCUGAUCAUCCUUUUGUUUCUGUGUCCAUAUGAAGCGCAGCUGUUGUUUAUCUUUAAUCCUUCUCCUACUCGCCUCCUACAUAUUCUCCCCUAUUGCCAUUCUUCUCAUUCAUUCCAGCGUUACUGAGCAUGGAAUGCUGAAACGUUUGGGCUGAUGGCUAGGCUAAUAUACAUGGAAUGAGGUUCCUCAUGAUAGAUAGAUGUUUUCAAUUCGCGAUACCUGGGUGCUUGCAAUCGAUACCA